UACUGCGCGCAGCCCCUCUUCAAGCAGCGAGGGCGGAGAGGGAGGCAGGGGGCAGGCCGCUGCAGGGGGCAGGCGGCCGCAGAGCCUCGGAGGGGGGCGCCGCGGAUCCCGGAGUUUGGCGCCUAUUUUUCGUGGGCUGGGUGUUCUCGCCUGUGAUUGGGCCCCGGCGCGGCGUGCCCGGUGCGCCCGGCUGCGGCUGCGGCUGCUCCGUCGACCUUGGCAGGACCCCGGCGGCGCGGCGCGCGGCCGGCCUCCCGGGGGAUGGGCCACCAGGAGCCCCCGCUGGCCCGAGUGCGGGCGGGAGGCGCAGCUUAUAUAAACAGGUUAUGUAAAGGGCUCAGCCGGCGCGAGCACGUGGAGAGCCGCGGGAGCCCGGACACCCGCUUCUCCCCCGCGAGCGCCGCCGCCGCCACCCGCGCCGCCGCGGGCUCCCAAGCACACCCGGCCCGGGCCGCCGCCUCCCGCGCCGCUCCGUACGCGCGGCAGCCCUGGCCUGGAGCGGACCAUCCCCGGCCCGGGGCGCCAGGGGGGAAGCGGGCCGCCCGGAAGUGGAGGGGCGCCGGCCAGGUCACAAUCCAAGGUCCCGCUCCUCCACGUCCCGGGGCCGGACGGAGGGAUGAGGCAGGGGGGGCCCGGGCAGCGCCGUUGCUGCUCCCCCCGCCGCCCGCAGCCAUGGAAACGGGGGAGGAGGACGGCGCCCGCAGAGGUACACAAAGCCCCGAGCGGAAAAGGCGAAGCCCAGUGCCGCGGGCGCCCAGCGCGAAGCUGAGGCCGGCGGCGGCCCAGGCCAUGGAUCCGGCGGCGGCCGAGGCCCCGGGCGAGGCCUACCUGGCGCGGCGGCGGCCGGAGAGCGGCGGCGGGUCGGCGCGGCCGCGGUACAGCCUGUUGGCGGAGAUCGGGCGCGGCAGCUACGGCGUGGUUUACGAGGCAGUGGCCGGGCGCAGCGGGGCCCGGGUGGCGGUCAAGAAGAUCCGCUGCGACGCCCCCGAGAACGUGGAGCUGGCGCUGGCCGAGUUCUGGGCCCUGACCAGCCUCAAGCGGCGCCACCAGAACGUCGUGCAGUUUGAGGAGUGCGUCCUGCAGCGCAACGGGCUCGCCCAGCGCAUGAGCCACGGCAACAAGAGCUCGCAGCUUUACCUGCGCCUGGUGGAGACCUCGCUCAAAGGAGAAAGGAUCCUGGGUUAUGCUGAGGAGCCCUGCUAUCUCUGGUUUGUCAUGGAGUUCUGUGAAGGUGGAGACCUGAAUCAGUACGUCCUGUCCCGGAGGCCGGACCCCGCCACCAACAAAAGCUUCAUGCUACAGCUCACAAGCGCCAUUGCCUUCCUGCACAAAAACCACAUCGUGCACAGGGACCUAAAGCCAGACAACAUCCUCAUCACGGAGCGGUCUGGCACCCCCAUCCUCAAGGUGGCAGACUUUGGACUCAGCAAGGUGUGUGCUGGGUUAGCCCCCCGAGGGAAAGAGGGCCAUCCAGACAACAAAAAUGUGAAUGUGAAUAAAUACUGGCUGUCCUCAGCCUGCGGCUCAGACUUCUAUAUGGCCCCUGAAGUCUGGGAGGGACACUACACAGCCAAGGCCGACAUCUUUGCCCUGGGCAUUAUCAUCUGGGCAAUGAUAGAAAGAAUCACUUUUAUUGACUCUGAGACCAAGAAGGAGCUCCUGGGGACCUAUAUCAAACAGGGGACCGAAAUCGUCCCUGUUGGUGAGGCGCUGCUAGAAAACCCAAAGAUGGAGUUGCAUAUCCCCCAGAAACGCAGGACUUCCAUGUCUGAGGGGAUCAAGCAGCUCUUGAAAGAUAUGUUAGCUGCUAACCCACAGGACCGGCCUGAUGCCUUUGAACUUGAAACCAGAAUGGACCAGGUCACAUGUGCUGCUUAAAAUUCAGGGCAAAGCAUCUUGAGUGUUUUUAAACUAGGUUGAUCCUCGGGACCCACAGUCUCAUCGUGUCUCACACAGAGGACGGCAGAGGGUGCAGGCAGUGGCUUGGUCAGUUGGUGAUCUCCCGACAGCUGGAUCUCCGGCAAUGUGAAGCUUUUGUUUGGGUUUCCCUCCCACUCCUUUUAGUUUUGCUUAAUUUUUUAAAAUCUUAUUUUAUUUUUUGUCUUUUUUUUUCUCCUUUUUUAAUUUAAACGAUUAAGACUUCAGAAGAGCAGGAAACUAUGCUACGGAGAAACAACAUGGACAAAGCAUAUGUAUAAAUUUCAUUGUUAAUUUUUAUAAGGGGUUAGGGAGCUAUGUUGUUUUGUUCCUUUAUUUUCCCUCUAUCUCCUUUGUUUCACCCACCCCUUGGUUCUGCUUAGAACACCUCACUUCCCCAGAGGAGGCCUGCCUUUCUGUGGAGAACCAGGCUGGGUCCCAGAACAUGAGUGAGACUUGAAGACAGGAGGCAGCCGGACCCCCCGGGGGCUGCUCCUGGCCAGCCCUCGGGCCUUACAAAUGGUCGGAGGCGAAGAACCACCUGAAAGAGGAAGAAGACUGGGUUUGGCCAGGAGGACGCAGAAAAGAAAGUCUAAACUGUGGGUUUGUUCUCCUUCAGCUGCUGGAAGACCUGGGCCACACCAGGACUCGCAGUAGUGGGAGUCCAUUCCCUCUUCUGCCCUUUAUAACCAGGAGUACUGGGUGGGGAGGGGAGGGAAAGGCAAUGGGGGGACCUACAGAGGUGACUACUCCCCACUCCCCUGUGGUCAAGUGCCAGCCCAGCCUAGCUCUACGAGCCUACCUUUCUGUUAGUGGUUUCCCUCCCAGAGGAAGACCCCCAGGAAAAAACUGUCGUGCCAAACCUCUGCCUGGAACCUGGCUGGGUCUUCGGUGGGCAUCUGUCACUCCUGUGAGGACAGCACCCAUCACCUCCUGCCUCCUGGAUCAUCUCCUUCCCAUGUGUGCCCACCAAACAUCCUGGUUGUCACAGAGACCACCUAAGUCCCAGAGAUCUGGUUGUGACCUGGCCAUAAGAACAGGGUGUCCUGAACUGGCUGCCACUGUCAUCUCCUUGCAGUGAAGGGUGUGUCCCCUGCACGUGGGCCCGUGGAGUCAGAGCCGGCACAGUGUCAAGCGCCAUCUCCCUCACCCCCAGGGACUCACUGUUAGAUGCCUUCCCUCAGCAUAAACGUGUCUGGUGGGAAAAGAAUAGACCCGCCAAGAGCUGGGAGGGGAUGAGUUAGGAACACCACUACCCCCACCCUCCACCCCCCGCAGCCGUCAGGUGUCCAUUUGUGGCCUGCCACCACCUUAGAGCUUCCCCAGCGUGGCCCUAUUGACCUCAGCACCAGCGUCUGUGUGGCCAUCUGGCCCUCUGCGGCUCUCACACUGCUCCCUCCUCUCGGGCUUCUGAACCAGAGUGUUUGUUCCUCAAAGGGGCAGGUGGCUGGGCCUAUGUUGUCCCUUUCACCCACAAGCUACUGGGGCAUCUCCAAAGGCUUUCCCCCCUUUACAGUCAAGCAAGACAGGGUCUCAGGGGGAAGGGGAAAGGAAUUCUUUUAUGUUCAUUUUUUGUUUUAUCUAAACCAGCAUAGGAUUGAUAGGGGAGGCAGUCAGAGAUUGUUUGGGUUGGUGUGUGACCAAGGAGGAGGGCUUUUCCCCCAAAGCGGCAGUCCUUUGGCCCUGGGCAUUUGGGACAGACUAAGGCAACACCAGCCCAAACUUGCAAACUCACCACGUGUUUGCUGGCAUCCUCUCACCCUUUCUCAAGCCCCUUAAGUACCAAGGCAGCCGGUUGGCCACAGUUAGGGCAGCGGGUGGGAGCCAUGCCUUUCCCUUCCUUGUGAAAUCCUUUGUGCCCGCCUGCACCCUGGCUCCCUUCUGGCUUCUGGGGCCUCCAGGAGUGCGCCCUGAACUGCCCCUGGGAGGGUAGGGAGCACAGCUUCCCUGCCUGCAGCUCACUCCCCUUCUCUGCUUGUGCCCCCCCACACCCCUCCCACCCCACUCCCACCCCCCCCCACCACCCCCACCCCCCGCCCUCCCUGGCUGCAGCCCUGUCUGCAGGUCCCAGGUGAAGGCUCAAGCCUAACAAGGUAUUCCCUUUCCUUUGACUUUUCCUCUGCCCUCCCAGGGCUCUAUCCUCCAACUGGAUCAGGUCUCAGAGCUGGGGUAGUCCCCCUCUGUUAUUUCUCUUGGCAUCAGAGUAACCUGUGUAGGUCACAGGAUGUCUCUCUGCCUUCAGGGCAAGACAGGCAGCCUGGGAGGGGUGGCAGGCUUCUACACACCCUGGUCUUGCAGGACUCAGCCUACCCUUGCUUGGUGGCAGGGCCUCCCUCCCUGGCUCACCACGGCCAACUCGUUAGCCCCGAGUGCCUGUCUCCCUCCUGUCCGCCCCCACCCACCACAUCCCUGCUCCCUGCUUUGCCCAGCUUAGGUGCCGAGGUGGUCAGGUGGACGGCAGCCCAAAGUAAACACCGGCUCUGCCCACAGCCAGUGGACUAGCCGUGAUUAGACCCAGUUAGUUCCCAUCCACUUCUCAGCCACCCCACCCCCAGCAGUCCCGCUGUGGCCCAGCCUCCUGCCUCUUCCUGCCCUUCAUUCCCUCCACCUGCAUCUGCCACCUCACCUCAGCAUCACCACAUCCAUAAGGCCUGUCCAAGUUCUAGGAGUUUCCGAACCUUAAAAUAGUGGUCAUUCUUUUCUCCUUGGAUCUGUGAACCAGUUAGCCCAUAGUGGGGAGGUUCUGGGCCUGAGACCCGGUGGGUCUUAAGCUCAGUUUCCCCACCGGCAAGAGGACUCAGCAAGACAGAUCAUAGUGCCUUAUCCCAUGCCCUCCCUUGACCAGACCUGCUGGCUCAGCUGGAGGUCGGCAGUGUCCUCCCUACCUGUCCUCCUGGCACUUAAACUUCACUCCCACCCACAGAGAGCCACGAGGAAAGGGUCCCCUCCCCGGCCCCCAGUCCUUGCCCAGUCCUCCCGAGGCUGCAGCCGGUCACAGGGCUCCCCGCCACCACCAGGGUACUAGCAGCAGCUUUAGCUGAGGACAGAAAAACCAUGCUUCCACCAGCUGUUCUCUCUCUGCCUCUCACGACCCAGCAGGUCCCCUGCCUCUUACCUCUAGCCAGGAGGAUGCCGCAGUCUGUGCAUUCAAGCCUGGCUCCGGCUGACCCCUUUCUGGGCACCGGGGACUAAGGCUUCAGGCCUUAGCCCCUCCACUCAUCCCAGAGGCAUUGGGACAGGAGAGUGAGAAUUCUGGCCUCCCACCUUGCUGUGGUUUGGCCCCCUGUCGGCUGCCUUUAGGAGGGAGCUAUUCAUUGUUUACUUAAGAAAUACCCUGUUUACAGCUGGAGGAGAAAUGUGCCCAACACUGGCGGAGAGCUGACUCCUGGCCUGGCCUCCUGUCCAGCACUGCCAGUGGUAGUCCCAGAGCGAAUGAAGGUGGAGACGGGAGGGGCGCGCGCCCAGCACUCCCUAUGCUCCCGACCCCGCGGUGCUAAGACCACUCACCACCUUCCUCGCAGCCUUCUCGCCCCCCGGACAUUCCCUGCCUCAACCAUUCCCUUCCUCCAAGGUUCUCUGCACCUUGACAUAUCAGCUGUCUCCUAGAAAACCAGUGUUUGGAGCAAUAACAUUAUUUUUGCUUGAGUCAUUUUUUCUAAGAAAAGGUUAAAAAGCUGGCACUGUAGGAACAUUCUAUGUUCUAUGUUUCUGUGUUGCAGCUUACCUUUUUAGAAGACAGAUCUUGAUGGAUGCCUGGGUUUCAGCCUCAGAGUAUCUUUUGGAAACUCGGAACAGCAGAAGUUGGGCAUCCACCCCCUAUGAAGGGAACCCCAAACUCUGUGCCCUCACCUUGCUCCAUGCUGCCUUGGCCCCUGGCCCUACCCAACAAGAGCGCCUCUCACCUUUGAUCCUCCUUGCACCCCUGCCCCACCAUACACACACAUCUGGGGGCACUGGUGGCUCUUGGGCUGUUGCUUCCCCCCACUUCCUUUCCCCUUCUUUAGCCUGUGUUGGCCCCCAGACAGGCAUGGUGCGACUGGAGGACCCCCUGACAAUAGACAAGCUGAGGCCGUCCUCCCACACUGGGCUGAGGCACAGCCUUUGGGACACCAGGCUGGCCCUGAUCCUGCCUGCCAGGCUCGGAGGAUGGGGAUUCCUGUCCAGGGAGAUGCUCCUCAGAGGGGGAGCUAGGAGGUGGGACACGAGGGUUGGCAAAUGUCAGCUUCCAGUGGCCACCAUCAAGAGGUGAACCCACUGCCAUCGGUCACCCGGAGGUCCCCACAUCUUUUUCCAAGAGAGGCCACAAGUGGAAGGGAGUUUGUUCAGGAACACUUUAAAGAAAUCUUUUGUGCCCAAGAGGGCCUCUCCCAUCAGAGCUGGGGAGUAUGUUGCAAGGAUUCAGCACUCACCGUGGGGCUGACUUGGGUGUAAGGGAGGCACAGAGUAACCCAGGCACAGAGUUAGCUUCAAAUACUAGUUAAUAAAUCUAUUUUUCUUUAUUUUCUUUUUUUGCACAGAAGCUGGUAAUCUAGGACCUUCGUGUGAACAACUUUAUAUGAAUAUUUUUUGUACUUGGUUUACUUGGGUUGGUAUGAUACAUUAUAUUUAAGUUCCUUGAACACUGUGGAUUCCCCCUAAUGUGUAUGAAUGACUGAGGCUUUGUAAAUUAAGGGACGUUUGUGUGAAUAAAGUUACUUGAUGGGGUCAGAGAA